AGAGGGUGGGUUGUUGAGAUUAUACUGCACAAGACCCAUCAGAUGCCCAUACUGUACAUCAGAGUCAGGAUAGCAGAGAGCAACCGUGAGUGCAAAAUGGGCAUCGGAUGUCGCUUGCUAUAGAGGGACAGAGGGCUGGCAGGGACUGAGGCAAACUGUGAAGAUGGCUGUUGCUCCACCUCAGCAAAGCACAUCCCAGCGCUGACACCAAGGCAAAGAUAUAGGGAGCCUGCACGCAGUCCAGCUGCAGCCAGACCUGGGGUGUGUGGCGUCCCAUGCUCAGAGUCCAGCUGAGAGGGAAGCGCCUGACUUAACACUAUUACUGUUAGUGUUUAUUCGAUUAUCCAGCAGCCACACUUAAGCAGCUUGGCCUCUUGGGAUAUUUGAUUGGGCUGCUGGAAGACUUGUCAUAAAAGUUUAUGUAACAUCCGACGACUGCAGAGGGGGGUAAGAAGAGGCAAGUCCAAGGGGGAGAGAGAGAGAGAGAGAGAGAGAGAGAGAGGAGGGAGGUGCAGAAAAGAGAAAGGGGCAAAGAUCCAGAGCCUGGGGAAGAGAGUUGAGAAAGGUAAUGGGAACAAAGCCUUCCAAGAGAGACAAAAUGAAGAAGGGGUCAGUGCAACUGCCCCAACAGAGGAGUGGGGCACCACUAGCCGCCGCUAUGCUGGGGGGCGUUGGGGGUCCAGAAGCAGACGAGGAGGGGGAGGACGAGUUGGGGAGUGAGAAGGCGUUCGACGAACCGCUCUGCGCCCUGGUCCAGAACUGCACCAUGCUUCACAACAUAGUGGGGCCUGCCUGCAUCUUCCUCAGACAGGGCUUUGCCCAGUCCCAAAUCGACAGGGAUCUGCGGCCUGAGGAGAUGGAAGAGCUAAGGGAGGCCUUCACCGAGUUCGAUAAGGACAAGGACGGCUUCAUCAGCUGUAAAGACCUGGGCGAGUGCAUGCGGACCAUGGGAUACAUGCCCACAGAGAUGGAGCUGAUCGAACUGAGCCAGCAAAUCUGUGGUGGUAGAGUGGACUUUGAGGACUUUGUGGAUCUAAUGGGCCCCAAGAUGCUGGCUGAGACAGCAGACAUGAUCGGAGUGAAAGAGUUGAGGGAUGCUUUCAGAGAGUUUGACUCUAAUGGAGAUGGUCAGAUCAGCCUGGCAGAGCUCAGGGAAGCCAUGAAGAAGCUGAUGGGAGAGCAGCUGAAUCAGAGAGAGAUCGAUGAAAUCCUCAGAGAUGUAGACCUUAACGGUGAUGGCCUGGUCGACUUUGAAGAAUUUGUCCGAAUGAUGUCCCGCUAGUAUUCACACACAACUGUGUGAAGCCAAGUGGGAGAGGUGAGGACAUCAUGAAGGAACCAAUCAGAACUAAUGUGAUUGCCCAGUUAAGGGUUACCGUAUAGUGUCAAACCUGUUAUGUUGUUUUAUGUACAAAUUCAUGUUGUUUUUAUUUUUCUAGCACUCUCACCCUGUGUUGAUAUCAAAAAGAAAUAUUCUGUAAAUACGGUUUUAAAUUCUUUUUGUACUCUCUAUUAUGUAAAUGAACGGUUUGGCCUGCAUUUUAUCUCUGUCAGAAAAUGACAUAUGUCUGAAAAAGAUUGAAAACAGCUGUGGUCAUCUCUGAAGUGAGUGGUCAUACAAUUUUGCCGGACCUUGUGAGAGAUGUACAUACGCAUGUUAUUACUCGUGUUUUGUGCCACACAUAAACUAUAGUGACAACUUUAUAUAAGGGGUUGGGUGGGGGUGGGUAGCACUUCACUUGAACCACCCAUCAUAACAAUUAUGACCAUUGUCAUAACAAUUAUGACCAAGUCCAUUUUAAUAUUAUCAUGACAGUUAUUGUUAAAUGCCAUUACAGUGCCAUGUACAUCAGUAACUGUCAUGAGAGCUGCUGGUGUUUGAUGCCACAAAAGCCCAUAUCAUGUGGUAAAAAGCUAUCAUAGCACUGUUAUUACUAAUGGUGUGAUUGUCAUGAAAAUGUUCUGAAAUCUCUAAAUAUCAUUCUGACCUGCUUAUGUCGCUUGCUUGAGUCUUAUGAAGAAGAGUUCAAAUGAAGUGGUACGGGAGGAUUUAAGAUGUUCAAUAUACUUUACUUAAUGAUUACCUUAAAUAAAUUACCAAAUCAGUGUGA